GUUUGUCUGGGUAUCAUUAUUUUUUCAGCUUUAUUUUUGUAAAAAAACACCCAGCACAGCAGGCGGCCAGCCCCGAACUGCUAUUUACUUUCCGUUAUAUCCGGCAACCAGGAUAACAAAACACCCUGAGAGUCUGUUUCUCUUCUCCUCAUUCUCAUUCUCAUUCCAUUUCUCUCUUUUUUUCAAAACCAUUUCUACUCGGAUUCUUCAGAUCUUGUUUUCAUCAGUUUAUGAAAAAUGCCGGAGAUACAGUUGGGAGCUUGUACUUUAAGGACUCAUGGAGUAAAAUUGGCUAGAACUCAUAUGCACGACUGGCUCAUACUUUUACUUCUCAUGGUUAUAGAGGUGGUAUUGAAUGUUAUAGAACCAUUUCACCGCUUUGUUGGGCAAGAUAUGAUGACUGACUUGAUGUACCCGUUGCAAGACAAUACCGUACCAUUUUGGGCAGUUCCUUUGGUCGCCAUAUUAUUGCCAAUGGUAAUCAUUGCGGGUAUCUACUAUUACAGGAGGGAUGUAUAUGAUUUGCACCAUGCAAUCUUGGGUCUUCUAUUUGCUGUACUUAUAACUGGAGUUUUAACGGACGCAAUCAAAGAUGCUGUUGGUCGACCUCGACCUGACUUCUUUUGGCGCUGCUUUCCUGAUGGGAAGGGGGUGUUUGAUACUGUCACGAAAAACGUCCUGUGCACUGGAGACAAGAAAAUCAUUAAGGAAGGACACAAAAGCUUCCCAAGUGGGCAUACUUCAUGGUCCUUCGCAGGUCUUGGUUAUCUGGCUUGGUACUUAGCUGGAAAGAUUAGAGUAUUUGAUCGUAAGGGCCAUGUUGCAAAACUUUGUCUCUUGUUUCUUCCCUUGCUGGUUGCAUCUCUUGUGGCAGUUUCUCGAGUAGAUGACUAUUGGCAUCAUUGGCAAGAUGUGUUUGCUGGAGGCCUUCUAGGAAUGACAGUAGCUUCCAUUUGUUAUUUGCAAUUCUUUCCACCUCCAUAUGACACUGAUGGUUGGGGACCUUUUGCCUAUUUCCAGAGUUUGGCAGAUUCACAACCUGCUGGUGUCCAACCAUCAUCCUCCAUGAACAAUUACAAUGACAUGCAGCUAAACAAUGUCGACUAUGGCCGCUUUAAUGAUCAUGAAACAGACAGACCUCAUAUGGCGAUUAGGUCAAUUGGAGAUGAAUUAGAAGCUGGGGUUCUACACUGAUUCAAUUUGUGAAUGUAUAAAGGAGUACAUAUAGGAAGUCAUAGGUAUAGACUUAGUUGACAUGUGAAAAGUUUCAGUCUGAAUUUUUUUUACCAGUUGCCCUUGAACUUUGAAAAUUACAUAUUUCACAUCUUUUCUCCGUUUAGUUAGAAAAAUCUAUUUCAGACAGUGUGUUUGUUCUUUUUGAAUAGAGAACGGGUUCAAUUUUGCCACUAUUUUUCUGAUAUCAUAUUGCUUUUCAUA